AUGGGCUCCAAAAGAGUGUACACGGUGAACUCCUCCGACGGGAGUCUACCGAAGAAGGUGUCGGAUAACUCGAUGGCGUCGACGGACUCGUCGAGUACGUACCACAACUCUCAUGGAAUCUCGUGGGCAAUGGCUGCCGUAUUCAUUGUCGGUGACAUGAUGGGUGCUGGAAUGAUCUCACUCCCGUUGUCACUUGGAAGAGCUGGAUUAAUUGCUGGAUGUGUUUUGAUCCUUCUCGCUAGUCUUUUCUCUGGAUACACCGGAUGUCAGUUGGGAGAGAAUUGGGAAAUGAUGCAGAACCGCUGGCCAAAAUACCGUACCCACUGCCGUCGUCCCUACCCGGAAAUGGCCUACCGAGCCCUAGGGAACUGGGCUCGACAAGCCGUCGCCGUGUGUCUCGUGGUCUCUCAAUUCCUGAUUGCAUGUGUUCUCUUACUGAUCUCUGCGGAGAACUUCACCAAUCUCCUCAACACUUUCUUCAAUCUCCACCUCGAUUUCUGUAUCUUCAUAGUGGCAAUCGCCCUGAUCCUCUGGCCAUUCUCCAUGCUCCAAUCCCCAAUGGACUUCUGGCAACUCGCUGUGAUCUCAGCCGCGUCGAGUACUGUAGCCGCUGGAUUGAUUGUAUUCGGAGCGUCGUGGGACAUGUCUGCGUGUGUUCCAUACCGACAGAUGCCGUCUCUCGAGACAAAACAAUUCACUCUGGCGUAUGGAACUAUUGUGUUCGCGUUUGGAGGACAUGGAGCGUUCCCGACGAUUCAACAUGAUAUGGCCAACCCGGGACAGUUUAAUAAAUCUGUUAUUUCUAGUUAUAUUUUGAUCACCAUCGUCUACCUCGCCGUCUCCAUCACCGGUCUUAUGGCCUACGGUGACAGUAUGGUUGAUACAGUAAUCCCAUCGAUACAACUCACGUGGGUCGCCCAGACUAUUAAUGUACUGAUCACUGCUCACAUCAUGCCUACUAUCAUCAUUGUAUUGUCUCCGUUGUCUCAACAAGUCGAGGAGUGGAUUAAGAUUCCGAAUCAAUUCGGUGCCCGCCGUGCGCUCGUCCGUACCCUCAUCCUGUUCUGUGUCUGUUUCACAGCCCUCUCGGUCCUGAAACUCGGACUGUUCCUGGAUUUGGUCGGUGCCACGACAAUCACCCUGAUGACUAUGCUGUUGCCAAGUAUCUUCUGGUUAUUCAUGCAAGCGUCUGCCAAGAAAAGAGAAGAUUUGAUCAAGAUGGGACAGGUACAACCAAAUAGUCCAGAUGUGGAGACCGCGAGUUUGGCUGAUGUCUGGUACUACACACCGAAGAUGUUGCUGGCAUUCAAUUGUAUUUCAUUGACAUUCGGCCUAGUCGGUGGCCUAACAUCCGCAUGGUCGGCCAUCGAAGCGCUCAUCUUCUCCGAACAAGUCGCUCCGUGCUAUGUCAACUGGUUCCGAAACGGAUUCAACGCUCAAAUCGCGGGCGGAUCAUUGAAUUGUUGUGGUGCAUUCAAGAAUAUCACUCAUUAUGGGAAUCCUGAUCAGUGUGCUGCAUUUCAUCAUUAA